ACUUUGGGCUUUGAAAUGUGCGGAGUCAAGUCUGAGUUCAAGUCAAUUAAAAGUUGCAUUUGUCAAACUGACAACACAUGCAGUGGUACAGUACUAGGUAGAUAGCGUUUCUAUAAUCUACCUGACAGCUCAUAAUAUCAAGGUAGCAAUCCAGUCUACGCAGAAAGCAUGUCCUCUAAGGAGCUAGAGGGGGUCAGCCCUAUCCACCAAGUGGGUGCCAUAGAGACUAGGCCUCAGCAACUGGUGGGCUCAGGCUCUCAUGGACACGAUAGCCCACACAUUGGAAACAUUGAGACAUCCAAAGGCAAGAUGGAUGGUAGCUCCAUGGACGAGAAGAGGAAAGAGCACAUUGCCUAUGAGUACCUCUGUCAUCUGGAAGAGGCCAAGAAAUGGAUAGAGGCGUGUGUUGAGGACGAGUUGCCCCCGACAACAGAGUUAGAGCAGGCUCUAAGGAACGGAGUAAUCCUCUGUCGACUGGGCCACUACUACGCCCCCACAGUGAUCCCUAUCAGGAGGAUCUACGACUUUGACGAAGCGAAGUAUAAGGCCAAGGGUCUUCAUUUCAAGCACACGGAUAACUUCAACUUUUGGUUGAACAGUCUGGCAAACAUUGGACUGCCCAAGAUCUUUUACCCCAUCACUACUGACCUGUACGAUCGUAAGAACAUGCCGAGAGUCAUCUACUGUAUCCAUGCCCUCAGUCUGUACCUGCACAAGCUCGGGAAGGCACCUCAGAUUGAAGACCUACUGGGGACCGCCACUUUCACAGAGGAGGAGAUUAGUACGAUGAGAAUGGAGUUGGACAAGUACGGCAUUAGGAUGCCCCACUUCGGCAAGAUCGGAGGAAUUCUAGCCAAUGAGAUGACGGUGGACGAAGCAGCUGUCCAUGCAGCUAUCCUGGCAAUCAACGAGGCCUUGGACAAAGACGACCCUGUGGAGACGCUGACUGCCCUACAGAACGCCAACGCCUGUCUAGUCAAAGUGGAGGAGAGCAGUGCUCCUCGCUACCACGACCUCCUCCUGGGGGCCAAGAAGGACAAGGAAAAUAGAGCCACUCAGAAUGGAGAUGUGGAGGAGUCAGAACGAGACGUAUAUGAGGUGAUCCUCACCCAGUCAGAGAUACAGGACAAGCUAAACGAGGUCAACGUCGCUGUUGCCAAGGAGAUCGCAGAGGCUAAGUUGCGAGAAGCCACGAGUGCCGUUAACAGAGCAAUAGAGUCGACCAGCAAGACUGAGCUACUGCGGUCACUACAGAGUGAAGAGGCACGAUUCAGUGACGUGAGACCGGAGAACAUGCAGUGGUACAUGGAGAUACUCUCGAAGGCCAUCAACGACAAGGCAGAACACGAGGAGUCUGAGGGUGGUGAGCUGAGUCACAACGAGAUCCAGGAGCUCAUCAACAUAGCCAACGAGGUGGCAGACCACACCAGAAGAGUGGAUGCUGCAGUCCGCUCUGUCAACCAGACCCUUGAAGGUGGUGAUGCCGACCAAACACUGGCUGCCCUACAGAACGAGGACCUUGAUGUACCGGACUUGUACCCUGAGAACAAAGAGUACUACCACGGGGGUCUGCUGGCCAUGAAGGGGGGAAAAGGUGGGGGGUCUCUUAAGGAGGAGGAGAUCAAGGCGGGCGUUAAGGAGAUGAACGAGAAGGCAGAGUAUGACAGAUCAGUCGAUCAUGUGAUUGACACCAUCAAUCAGGUGUCCAGUGGUGCUGAGUCAGCAAAUCCAGCCGAUCUCCUGGCCAAUCUCAAGAGCAGUCUGGUUGACGUGGGAACUGUCGAGGACUCAUCAGCAGUCAGAUAUCAGAAUGCCCUUGAGGAGGCUCGACUGAGGAAAGGUGGUGCUCUCACAGAGGCAGAGAUACGUGAUGUCGUGGCUCAGGUCAACGAGGAAGUCAGACAAGAGACACUCUCUGCUGAGGCCAUUGUCACCAUCAACAGUACACUGACAGCAGAUGACCCUCAGGCUCUUAUAGAGGCGCUACAAAGCGACUAUGCCCAUCUGGAGGGUAUCCAAGAGCCCCAGGCCCCUCACUACCUGACGCUACUCAAGGCUGCUCUUGCGGCUAAGUUGGAGAGUGACCCAGAGGCAGCGUUGAGUAGGGAAGAGAUACAAGGCGUGAUAGAGAAGGCCAACGCUCAGACUGUGGAGGCACUGGAGUACGCCAAGGCGGUGAGCUCCAUCAACCGUGCUGUGGAGAGCAACGACCCAGCUGCCACAUUGGAGGCCAUCAAAGCCCCCACUACCAACAUCCGCUCCAUAACUGACAGCUGCACUGACACGUACUUAGAGAAACUGAGUGCAGCACGACAGGAGAAAGUGGACAAAGGAGUGUCUGACAAUGAUGGAUGGUCAGCCCACCACCUUCGUGGGGGGUACACCUACUACCAUAACAGCCAGACAGGGGAGGGGCAGUGGGCAGAGCCUCAAGGAUUCACUGGAGAAUCUUGUGAACUCAGCAAAGAUGAAAUACAGGCUGUGGUUACCAAGGUGACGGCAGACUAUGACAGGUGGACUCUGAUGCAAGCCAACGAGCCACUCAUCAUCCAGAUACAAGCCAGAGUGAGGGGGGCUAGAGAGAGACGACCGUACAAGGAGAGACUCGAGUUCCUCUCCUCACGUCAAGAGGACACUGUCAAGCUACAGGCUGCCUGGAAAGGAUUUAAACAGAGGAAGGCUUACACGGAGAGACUCGAUUACCUCUCAAAGCAAACAGCUGUUGCCGUGAAGAUCCAGUCUAUAGCCAGGAUGUGGAAAACUAGAGCAGCUUACAAAGACAGAUUAAAGUACUUCAAAGAUCACGAAACAGAGGUGGUGAAAAUCCAGGCGUUCAUGAGAGCCAAGAAAGCAAAGAAGGAGUACACCCAGCUGGUCCAGGUCACCCAACCCCCAGCCUCCACCGUGAGGAAGUUCCUGGCACUGCUUGAACAGAGUGACAUUGACUUCAGCGAGGAAAUAGAAUGUCAGCGAUUAAAGGCCAAAGUUGUACAGUCGAUCCGCUCCAACCAACAACAGGAGCAAGACCUGAAUGUGAUGGACAUCAAGAUCGGGCUACUGGUCAAGAACAGAAUCACCCUUCAAGACGUGGUGACUACCUCCCAGCAAGUCAAGAAGAAGGAUAAGAAACACAACAGAGCAUCAAUGCUAUUGGACGGCUCUCUGCCCGGAGGAGUAGGUGGUUUCAGCAGGGCCAAUCAAGAAAUGAUAGAGAACUACCAGCACCUCUUCUACCUGCUCCAAACCCACCCAAUCUACCUGGCCAAGCUGCUGUUUGAGAUGCCUCAGAACAAGACCAACCGUUUCAUGGAGAAUGUGAUCCUGGCUGUGUUCAACUACGCCCAGAACAACAGAGAGCAGUACCUGCUCAUCAAGCUGUUUGACACCGCUCUCAGGGAGGAGAUCGAGUUAAAAGUGGACAAGAUUAUGGACAUAGUGACUGGCAAUCCCACGGUUAUCAAGAUGGUGAUCCAUUAUACCCGAGGGGAGAGAGGUCAGAAUGUCUUGCGAGAUCUACUGGGACCCCUCAUUCAGGAGGUGCUCGAUAUGAAGGACUUGCAGCUGUACACGUCACCCGUGGAUAUCUACCGGGCGUGGAUCAACCAGAUGGAGACUCAGACUGGAGAGGCCACUAAACUUCCCUAUGAUGUGUCCAAUGACCAGGCCCUGGAGCACGAGCCAGUGAGACAGAAGGUCGCCGCCACAGUCAAGGCAUUGAGAGACCUCUCUGACAGAUUCCAACAAUCUAUAUUCGACUCAGUCAACAAAAUACCCUAUGCAAUGAGGUACAUAGCGAUGAAGCUGCGACAGGAGCUACAGGCCAAGUUCCCUGAGGCACCCGAGGACGACAUCAUCAAGGUGGUGGGUAACCUCCUCUAUUAUCGCUACAUGAACCCUGCCAUCGUUGCACCCGAUGCCUUCGAUGUUGUUGACGCAGGCAUGGACAAUCAGCUGUCUACUGACCAGAGACGAAACCUGGGCUCCAUUGCCAAAGUUUUGCAGCAUUCCUCGGCUGGAAAGAUGUUUGAGGCUGAGAAUGCUGCCCUGUCAGUAAUGAACCCAUACAUUCAGGAAGCCUUCAAGAAGUUUAGAGAGUUCUUUCUGCGAGCAUCAACAGUGGACCCCCCAGACAAAAGACUGGGUAUCGACGAGUACUCUGACGUGACCAUGCUCACCAAACCAAUCAUCUACAUCAGUGUCAAGGAGAUAUGCUCCACCCACUCUCUGCUAAUUGACCACGAGGAAUCCAUCGCCCCCGACAGCAAGGACCCCAUCCACGAGAUCCUCAAGGACCUAGGACCAUCACCCUCCGUAGAAGCACUUGUUGGAGGUGUUAGGGAGACAGCACCGGGAGAGGACAAACAGGACCUGGUUAACGAGGCAGGUAAACAGGAGAUCCCCCUCACCCUCACCAACAAGGUGGAGAAGCUCGCAGAGGAGGAUGAGAGCACCAACAUGAAGGCCCUGUUUGUCAGGACCAAGAGAAUGGCUGUCGAUGUGCUCAAGGUCCAGCCGGGGGAGAAUCUGACGACAGUGCUGUAUACACCAGCCACCCCUGAGCAGGAGGAGGAGCAUCAGGAGCUGGUCAAAAAGAUGGAGCAAGCAGAACAGGAAAACUUACAGAGGUCUCUCACCAUCAUGAAGAAAUCAGAGUCAUCCUUCAAUGACAGAAGCCUGCCGCUAGAGGGCAUGAAGAGGAAGAUAAUGCGUAACCUUCGCACCUUGGAACAGGAGGGACUGGUCAACAGCAAGAAUGACUAUCAGGAGAUCAUCAACGCUAUUGCUCAGGACAUUAGAAACCAGCAUCGUUACCGACAGCAACGGAAAGAAGAGCUGACUCGGUUAAACCAAACUUUGGAUAAAUUGAACAAGAAGGCGUCGUUCUAUGAAGAGCAAAUGGAUUUCUACCAGCAGUAUGUUCGCUCUUGUCUUGACCAGCUGGCAUUAGCGAGCUCUAAGGGAAGCAAGAAGGCUACCGAGGGAUUCAAGAAACAGACUGUCAAAUACAACGCUCAUAAACUGUUUGAGAAAGGAGUUGUCCUGGAGAUCGAAGGAUUACCUAAUCACCAGUUCAGAAAUGUUGUGUUUGAAAUCACAUCGGUGGAUGUGGGAAAGUUUGAGGUGUCUGGUCGUUUCCUGGGCAGGCAGAUAGAGAAGGUGGAGCUGGUCUUCCAGGACCUCCUUCAGCUGCAAUACGAGGGCCUGGCAAUCAUGAAGAUGUUUGGAAGGGCCAAAGUGAACGUUAAUCUGCUCAUCUUCCUCAUAAACAAAAAGUUUUACGGCAGAGUAGCGUAGCGUUCGGAUUUCCACUAGCAAAUUGUAUUCAUUGACAAUUUACUGUGCAUGUGCUGUCUGUGACACUGUAGGGAGCAUUGAAUUGUCUAUAUCACUAUAUAGGACUAUAGAGUAUUAAUUGCAGAAAUUUAUUAUGUACGUAUGCUUAUCUUGUCUCAAUUUUUGUAUACACACCAUCAUAAUAAUUAUGUUAUAUUGCUGCAUGCAUGUA